AUGGAUGUGUCAUCCUAUAUAACCAUAGGAGGGUGGUUCAUCCAAGUGAUCUUUGACAAGUACCUCUCCUCGAAGCUCCAAACAUGGGCAACCAACUCCGGCAUAGGCGAUGACCUGGACAAACUCCGAAUUGCCAUGCUAAGGAUCCAAUCAGUGGUCAGCAAUGCAGAGGGGAACCCAGCCGGCGGCAUGUUUGGAUGGAUGAAGGAAUUUAGAGAUGUCAGUUACGAUGCCGAAGACCUGCUUGAUGAGUUAGAGUACCGGCGUCUUCAACAAGAACUGGAGGCUGGGAGCAGCAGCCCGGUACGAGAAUUCCUGUCAAACUUGGGGGUUGUGAGAGGCAUCACCACACAGGCUAGUGGCUCUCUGUCCUCCAGGCUUUCCAACUUCACUGGUGGGGAUGAUGCCGCAAACCAGGUAACAGACGCCUCCUUAUCCUCUAGAAUGAACAGUCCAAGGGCCCCAGCAAGCCCUGAAGUUACCUGGGAUAGGGCCACCAAGUCUAGGAUAAGAAAUAUAGUUGAAAGACUGAAUCAGGUUGCUUCUUGUGUAAGUGAAGCUCUCCAGCUCUCAAAGUUGGUGCAUGGCGGCCUUAACAAUACUCAAAGCAUCAAUAAAGGUACAACAAGCUCGCUAAUCAGAACCAAAGUAUUUGGCCGGGGUGCGGAGUUAGAGAAGAUAAGACUCCUAUUAAAAUCUGAAGAUGAAAGAGUCUCUGUGCUCCCCAUAGUUGGCCUGGGUGGAAUUGGGAAGACUACUCUUGCUCAACUUGUAUAUAAUGAUCCAGACAUAGUAGACCAUUUUGAGUUAAGGAUGUGGGUUCAUGUUUCUGAUAACUUUGAUGAGACUAAGCUUACAAGAGAGAUGUUAGAAUAUGUUUCUGGUGACAAGCGUGAAUACAAGGGUAUUACAAAUUUCAACAGUCUUCAAGUGACAGUCAUGGAGAAGCUAAUGUUGAAGAGGUUCCUACUCGUUUUAGAUGAUGUGUGGAAAGAUGAGAGGAGCAGUAGGUUGGUGGAGGAGGAGAGGUGGGAGAGAUUUUUGUCUCCUUUGAAGGCUGGGAAGAAGGGUAGCAAGAUCUUGAUGACAACAAGGUUGGCAACAGUGGCAGAGAUGGUGGGUACAAUGGACUCGAUAAAUUUGGCUGGUUUGAGAGAUCAUGAUUGCUGGUCCUUGAUCAAGGAAUGCACAUUUGAUGGUGUGCAUCCUGACAAGCACCCAAAAUUGCAGAAUAUCGGAAGAAAAAUAGCUAACAAGCUGAAAGGCUUACCUGUAGCAGCAAAGGCAGUUGCAGGGCUGUUAAAGAAUAAGCUGGAUGCUGAUGAAUGGAUCAAAGUGUUGGAAAGCAAUGACAUAUGGAAUGAUAUCAUGCCAGUUCUGGACUUCAGUUAUCAACACCUACCUGCUCACUUGCAGCGGUGCUUUGCAUAUUGUAGCAUAUUUCCCAAAUAUUGGAAGUUCAAAACUGAUGACUUGGUUCACCUCUGGAUGGCACAAGGUUACAUCCAACCACAAAACAAGAAACUCAUGGAGGAUAUAGGAAGAGAGUACCUGAAUGAUUUAUUGUGCAGGUCAUUCUUUGACACACAUAAGAAUGGUCCGAUCACAUACUACGUUAUGCAUGGUCUGUUGCAUGAUUUAGCAGAAACUGUUUCCCUGGAUGAAUGCCUUAGAAUUGAAGAUGAACCCACAAAUGCACCACUUAGCAUCCGCCAUGUAUCUGUUCGGAUUGAGAAACUAGCCAAUCUAAAAGGGGUAUGCCAACUUAGAAACCUGCGCACUCUAAUAUUGUUUGGCAGAAACCCGUCUGUUAUUCAUCCUCCUGUACUCAAAGAAGUGUUUAAAGACUUCCACUGCAUCCGCACACUGGAUUUGUCUUUUUGUAAGAUGGAGAAACUUCCAGAGGCUGUUGGUCAUCUUAUACAUCUGCGAUACCUGAAUCUGUCAUCCACUUCUAUAAGAGUAUUGCCUGAGUCAUUAUGCAGGCUAUACAAUCUACAAGUGCUGAAUCUACAGGGCUGUAGGCUUCAAGUUUUACCAUCGGGCAUGAACAAAUUGAUCAAUUUGCGCCAUCUUACAGCAGCCCAUCAAAUAGUAACCACCAUAGCUGGUAUUGGGAGACUAACCUGCCUUCAACAACUACAAGUAUUCAGGGUCAGGAGGGAAGUGGGAUAUGAAAUAGGACAGCUGAAGGACUUGAAUGAGCUUCGGGGACUGCUUCAAAUUAGGAACCUUGAGAAUGUGGAGACUGAAAAUGAGGCAAGUGAGGCCAUGUUGGAUGUCAAAGAGCACCUCAGUAUGUUGCAGUUAGUAUGGGAUUCUUCUCAAAGGAAUGGAGGGGCUGAAAUGGAGGUGCAAGUAAUUGAAAGCCUCCGACCACAUCCAAAUCUGAAGAGGCUGGAGAUAAGGGGUUGCAGAGUUGCCAAAUCCCCUAGUUGGUUGGAGACUGAAUUGCUCAACAAUCUUGAAUUCAUUUAUCUGAGUGGUUGCAGGUUCUGGGAAUGCCUCCCCCCUUUUGGGAAGAUGCCCUCACUCAAGGUUCUCUGGUUACAGGGAAUGCACGCGGUGAAGCGAGUUGGUUUUGAGCUUGAGGGCAAUGGUGAUAAGGUGUUUCCAUGCCUGGAGGAGCUGGUGCUUGAUGACUUGCCAGAGUUGGAAGUGUUGUCCGGAGAUGAGCAAUUGUUUUUUAGCCUCCACAGUGUCAUGGUUAAGGAUUGCAUCAAGUUGAAGAGCUUGCCUCCCUUUCUCCCUAACAUAACACAACUCACCAUAGCAAAUCAGGGAUUCUGGAUACCAUAUUAUAAUGAUGCUAGGAUGGCACAAAUCUCGUCAGCAGUUUCAUCACUAUGUAUCUAUAACUGCCCCAUGCUCACUGCUGGAUUCUCUGCGCUCUUGAAGGAGGAGAUGGUUCCAAGUUUUUCAUCAGUCCGAAGCAUCAACAUGCUGAGGAGUUUUUCUUCACUCCGAAGCCUCAACAUCAGUGACAUCUCCCUACUAACAGUGCCACCUGUCAGGAAAAGCCUUUGCUCCUUGGAGAAUUUAGAUAUCCAGGAUUGCCAUGAGACUACAUUCUCUACUGAACAGCAGGAGGUGUUUCAGGGGCUCACCUCCCUUCAGAGCCUUUGCAUCAGUAAUUGUGCCAAUCUCCAGUUCCUGCCAGAGGACUUGAACAGUCUUUCCUCCCUACAGAAGUUGUUCCUGUGGAACUGCCCUAGUAUCCAGUCAAUGCCAGAGAAGGGUCUGCCAAUUUCACUCAAAGUACUGGAAAUUGAAUCCUGUCAUCCACCGCUUAAGGAGCGAUGCAAGAAGGAGCAGGGCAUAGAUUGGCAAAGGAUCGCUCACAUCUCUCACAUUGAGAUUGACGGUGAGGUCCUAUAG